AUGGAAGAUCCUUCUAUUGAUUGUUUUGCACAACAAUUCUUCUUAUCACCUACAACUCAUUCACCUCUUUUACAAGAUUUUGAUGACAUGGAUUCAUUAUUAUCAACUUCUCAUACUAACACAAGCCAUUUUAUGAAAGUCAUGUCUGAACAACAACAACAACAACAACAACAACAGCAAUUAUUUUUUCCAUUACAACAGCAACAACAGCCAAUUAAUAUUCAACAAGGACAAUCUACCACUCGCCACUCGGAUGAUUAUCCUUCCUCUUUUGAUCUCUUUCAGAGUGAAUCGUUUACGUCUUCCUCUUCUCAUUUUAUGGACUUGUACGCUCAACAACAAGAUAUGGUUGUUUCUCCUACAACUACGAAUACAACAAUAACAUCACCUCAACUUAUUUAUCAUGGAGGAAGAAGGGCAUCCUCUUCAUUUAGUCCUCAUAGUCACCAACUGGAUCAACAUCAACCAUUUUCAGCGCCUGCUCAUAUGGGUUAUGAAUUAAUGGUGAGUCACAUGGGGAAUUAUCAACAACAACAACAACAACAACAACAACAAGAGAAUACAACAGCCUUUGAUACUUCUACAACAGGUGCACAUAGUUUAGAAGAAUAUGAAUCUAUGCAAAUAAAUCAACAGCUACUUGCAGAAAAAAAAAGACGUAGAAGGGAAUCCCAUAAUGCAGGUACCAUGUUACCUGAAUCAAUGCUUGAAGAGCUAGUUAGUAGUAACUCAUCUGUUACGAAUAAUAAACCUAAUAAAGGUGCUAUUUUACGAAAAUCUGUAGAUCAUAUUCGAAUAUUACAACAAGAGGUGUUAACUCAUAAGCAUCGUGUAUUGGAAUUAGAAAAGCAAUUAACUAAAUUAACAAAACAAUCAAUCAUAAACUAA